UGAGCUCACAGGUUCGAGACCAACCUGGGCAACUUGUUUGAAGAAAGCAGGUCUGAAACAAGGUCCUAACCCCCAGCUGCCCCAGAACACGGUGACUGCCAGAUCUCCAAACAUCAAGUCCAGCUUUGUCUGCCAACCUGUCUGACAUGUCGGGACCCGUGCCAAGCAGGGCCAGAGUUUACACAGAUGUUAAUACACACAGACCUCGAGAAUACUGGGAUUACGAGUCACAUGUGGUGGAAUGGGGAAAUCAAGAUGACUACCAGCUAGUUCGAAAAUUAGGCCGGGGUAAAUACAGUGAAGUAUUUGAAGCCAUCAACAUCACAAAUAAUGAAAAAGUUGUUGUUAAAAUUCUCAAGCCAGUAAAAAAGAAGAAAAUUAAGCGUGAAAUAAAGAUUUUGGAGAAUUUGAGAGGCGGUCCCAACAUCAUCACACUGGCAGACAUUGUAAAAGACCCUGUGUCACGAACCCCCGCCUUGGUUUUUGAACACGUAAACAACACAGACUUCAAGCAAUUGUACCAGACGUUAACAGACUAUGAUAUUCGAUUUUACAUGUAUGAGAUUCUGAAGGCCCUGGAUUAUUGUCACAGCAUGGGAAUUAUGCAUAGAGAUGUGAAGCCCCAUAAUGUCAUGAUUGACCAUGAGCACAGAAAGCUACGGCUAAUAGACUGGGGUUUGGCUGAGUUUUAUCAUCCUGGCCAAGAAUAUAAUGUCCGAGUUGCUUCCCGAUACUUCAAAGGUCCUGAGUUACUUGUAGACUAUCAGAUGUAUGAUUAUAGUUUGGAUAUGUGGAGCUUGGGUUGUAUGCUGGCAAGUAUGAUCUUUCGGAAGGAGCCAUUUUUCCAUGGACAUGACAAUUAUGAUCAGUUGGUGAGGAUAGCCAAGGUUCUGGGGACAGAAGAUUUAUAUGACUAUAUUGACAAAUACAACAUUGAAUUAGAUCCACGUUUCAAUGAUAUCUUGGGCAGACACUCUCGUAAGCGAUGGGAACGCUUUGUCCACAGUGAAAACCAGCACCUUGUCAGCCCUGAGGCCUUGGAUUUCCUGGACAAGCUCCUGCGAUAUGACCACCAGUCACGGCUCACUGCAAGAGAGGCCAUGGAGCACCCCUAUUUUUACACUGUUGUGAAGGAUCAGGCUCGAAUGGGUUCAGCUAGCAUGCCAGGGAGCAGUACACCUGUCAGCAGCGCCAAUAUGAUGUCAGGGAUUUCUUCAGUGCCAACUCCUUCACCCCUUGGACCUCUGGCAGGCUCACCAGUGAUUGCUUCAGCCAACCCCCUUGGGAUGCCUGUUCCAGCUGCUGCUGGCGCUCAGCCGUAAUGGCCCUGUCUGUCUCCUGAUGCCUGAGCAGAGGUGGGGGAGUCCACCCUCUCCUUGAUGAAGCUUGCGCCUGGUGGGGAGGGGUGAAACACUUCAGAAGCACCGUGUCUGAACCGUUGCUUGUGGAUUUAUAGUAGUUCAGUCAUAACAAAAUUAUAAUAGGCUGAUUUUCUUUUUUUUCUUUCUUUUUUUUUUUAACUCAAACUUUUCGUAACUCAGGGGUUUCCCUGAAAAAUUACCUGCAGGUGGAAUAUUUCAUGGACAAAUUUUUUUCUCCCUUUCCAAAUUUAGUUCCUCAUCACUAAAGAACAAAGAUAAACCAGCCUCAAUCCCGGCUGCUGCGUUUAGGUGGAGAUUUCUUCCCAUUCCCAUCAUUGCUCCUCCUCCAUCCCACAUUUGGGGGGUUUGUAUCUUGUGCUCUUCUCCAGAGAUUACAAAAACGUAGCUUCUCAAGGGAGUCAAAAAGGAAGGAGAAGGAGGGAAGGACCCUGUCUAUAGGAGCAGUGGACUGCUGGUCACUUACGUCACUUCUACUUCAGAAGUGCUUCAGUGGGUGGCUGGUGGCUCUCGUGGAAGUGUGUCUUAGUUACAUUGAGGUGUUGAAAAUCUACCCAAAAUGCAGACAUCCUAAAAACUGUUUGGUAUGAAUCAUGUCCUAUUGAUCUAAUCCUGAAUCCAACUCGCUUGUAAUUUUAGUUUUAGUUUAGUUUAAAUUUUUGAUACUUUUCCCUACAGGUCCCUUCCCUCGUUGCCCCUUUCAUCUCCCAACAUGCUGUGCUCCAUAGCUGUAGGAGGGAGAAGACAUCUUUCUCAGUUUUCUUUGACUUGGCCAUUUUGAAUUCAGUUGGUUACUGGGCAUAACUUAUUGCUUUUUACAAAAGAAACAAACAUUGUUUAUAUAGGUUUCAUGCUAGCAACUCUAAGAGCUAUGGGAGAUGUGGCCACACUGAGUUCCAUUUUAAGCUUUCUACCUUCUUUUCCUCCUACCUUCCCCUUCCCUCACAUGCCAUCCAGUGAGAAGACUUGCUCCUCAGUCUUGUAAAUGUACCUGAGAGGUAGGAGCAGAGCCACUAUCUCCAAUGAAAUUGAAAUGGUAGACCUGUAAUUGUGGGAAAAGAUAAACUCUCUUGUUACAGCCCUGCCACCCCUUGCUGUGUGUAUAUAUAUAAUACUUUGUCCUUCAUAUGUGAAAGAUCCAGUGUUGGAAUUCUUUGGUGUAAAUAAACGUUUGGUUUUAUUUAUCAA